AUGUCCGAACCAAAUCCCACCGGCAACGCCCGCUUCAACGACGAAGCCGCAACCUGGGACCUGAACCCCUCCGUGCAAGAAUCGACGCGUCUGGCCUUUCAGACCCUGGAACCCAUCAUCCGAAAACUGUCGCUGGCGCAGCAGGAUCCCACCAAUGUCAAUGCAGAUGCUUUGUCGACUCCCCUGCUUGACGUCCUCGAAGUCGGCUGCGGAACGGGCCUCCUGACAACGCGCUUGGCGCCGCUAGUCCGCUCCGUCGUGGCGGUCGAUACGGCCGACGGCAUGAUUGAUAUGUUGAAGGCUAAGGUUGCGAAUGCGAGUGCGUCUGAUCUGGGGAAUAUCAUCCCCGUGUGCAAAUUACUGGUGGAUCCUGAGGACCAGACCCUUCCGGCCCAAGAUAGCAGUGACCCCCACGGUCCGAGGCAGAAGUUUGAUCUCGUUUUGUCGCAUCUCGUGAUGCACCAUGUUCCCGAUCUGCGGGCGUUUCUGGGGACGUUACUAGGGUGUCUAAAGCCAGGCGGGAGGGUCGUCUUGACGGAUUUCGAGGACUUUGGGCCCGAGGCGAUCAAGUUCCAUCCGAAGGCGAAGUUGGAGGGUGUGGAAAGGCAUGGGAUUCAGAGGGUGUGGAUGGAGGGGUUGAUGAGAGAUGUUGGGUUCCAGGACGUCAAGGUGGAGGUUGGGUGGGGGUUGGAGAAGAAGGUGACUGGUUGGGAGAGCGAGGAGGAGGGCAAGAUCAUGGUGUUUCCGUUUUUGGUCUGUGAGGGAGUGCGGUGA